AAUUAGCAUCCAACAUCUCAUUCAGAUUGCAGUUUAUCAAAUUAAUUGUUUUCCAAUCGGUCGUCAAAAAUUCGAUUUGCGCACACAGCUGCGCAGUAUGUGAAUGCCCUACUCCGGGGUUUGGAGGGUGCCGAAAAAUUCGCUGUCACCAAAAAUAAAUUGAGAAGGUUAAAAUGGCAGCAAGAAUUUUGAAAAACAUUAGUAGUGCUUCGAAACGUGCAGUAGGCUCGAGGCUUUACAGCAGCGAAGUGAAAAAAUGUACGAUUAUCCCGGGAGAUGGGAUAGGACCGGAAAUCUCCGCUGCUGUACAGAAGAUUUUUGCGGCUGCCAAAGUACCCAUCGAAUGGGAGUCCGUGGACGUUACACCAGUGAGGGGACCUGACGGAAAAUUUGGCAUUCCCCAAAGCGCCAUCGACUCCGUCAACCGCAACAAAAUUGGGUUGAAGGGCCCUCUAAUGACACCUGUUGGAAAAGGCCACAGAUCCCUCAAUUUAGCUCUAAGAAAGGAAUUCAAUUUAUACGCUAACGUGAGACCUUGCCGAAGCUUAGAAGGAUACAAAACAUUAUACGACCAUGUUGACGUGGUGACAAUAAGAGAAAACACUGAAGGUGAAUACUCAGGAAUCGAACAUGAAAUCGUCGACGGCGUUGUCCAAAGUAUAAAAUUAAUCACUGAAGACGCGUCCAGACGUGUGGCCGAGUUCGCGUUCCAGUACACCAAAGAAAACAAGAGGCAUAAAGUGACAGCUGUCCAUAAAGCAAACAUUAUGCGUAUGUCCGAUGGCCUGUUCUUGCGUUGUUGCCGUGAUAUGGCCGAAAAGUACCCCGAUGUCAAAUUUGAGGAGAAGUAUCUUGAUACUGUUUGCUUGAACAUGGUCCAGGAUCCUACCCAGUAUGACGUUCUGGUAAUGCCCAACUUAUACGGAGAUAUUUUGUCUGACAUGUGUGCUGGUCUGGUUGGAGGUUUGGGACUUACACCCUCCGGAAACAUUGGUCUGAAUGGCGCUCUAUUCGAAUCUGUACACGGCACAGCCCCAGAUAUUGCCGGAAAAGAUUUGGCCAACCCUACUGCCUUACUAUUAUCGGCAGUGAUGAUGUUAAGAUACAUGAAUCUGAACAAACAUGCGGAUAUAAUUGAGAGUUCAUGCUUUGCGACAAUCAAGGAAGCGAAAUUUCUGACGGGAGACUUGGGUGGAAAAGCUAAAUGUUCUGAAUUUACUAAUGCGAUCUGUGAGAAAAUUGCCGCCGCUUCUCCGUAAAUAUUUUGCCAAAAGUGUAGAUACAGCAUCGUGUACAUAAGGCUUGUUUUCUAUUUCGUUCUGAUAGGAUUUUACUGUACAUAUUUUCUUUAAGAAGUCAACUUUUAUUUAUUGUCUAAAUUAAUACCAGGCUAGAAUAACGUGUAAAAAAACGUUCAGUAUUAGGAAGUUAAAGUUUUACUCCCAUUAACCCCCAGACAUAGCUAAACUAGUUAUGUUUAUGGUAGUUUGUUUGUAUGAUUUCAUCAGAUUGAAGAAAACCAAAAAUUGGAAACUGCCAGCGGUGGUUUGCAAAAGUUUAAAAUAAACAUCAAAACACGUAUGUGCAA